UCGGUACGGGAGCCGAGCGGGGACCGGCUGGUUACGCAGCGGCCGUGGGUCUCCACCCGAGAGUAUGGCGGCUGGAAUCGCACCGGAGAGCGGGGGAGCAGCGGAGACCCGCGAGAGAUGGUAAAAAAGCAGACAAAGAGACGCAAGUUGUGCCGUUAAAGUGUCCAAACAGUUGCGGUUUUCGGCGCCGCUUAGCCCCGAAGCGGCCGCGCUGCUUGAAAAAUUGCGCCUGCAGUUCAUUCCGGGGCUAACCCAGCGUUUUUCCCAGUGUCCUCGAUGGAGCAAGUUUGUUUUUUUUUAUGAUGCACAGAGAUGGGGGCUGAGCUAAGCAGAUGAAAACCAGCACGGUCCACAUCGUCGGGCGAUAUUUUCCUCCUCCGCUGUGCACAAUUUUUUCUGCGGUCCUCGGAUGCUCGUCUAGCUGUCAGUGUCUGGCCUGCAUGGGGGGAAUUUCUACAAUGAAAUCCAUCUUGGGGCACCGAGUCUUUGUGCUCUGCCAUAGCUGAGCAGCAGCCAGCGGCGGCGGCGGCGGUGAGCGAGACCGUGUUAUUGACAAGCCGUGCAAAAUGGGACGCGAAUGGUGACUGUGAUUCGUGCCGUGGAGCGUUUUUUGGGUUCAUUUCAAUGACGCGCGGAGAUUGAUCCCUUUACCCGACUUGAUUUCAAAAAAUCCCACGAUGCGCGAGUAUAAAGUGGUGGUCCUGGGCAGCGGUGGGGUCGGGAAAUCCGCCCUCACCGUGCAGUUUGUCACCGGGACGUUCAUUGAGAAGUACGACCCCACCAUAGAGGAUUUUUACCGCAAAGAGAUCGAGGUGGACUCGUCGCCCUCGGUGCUGGAGAUCCUUGACACCGCCGGUACCGAGCAGUUCGCCUCCAUGCGGGACCUGUACAUCAAAAACGGCCAAGGGUUCAUACUGGUCUACAGCCUUGUCAACCAGCAGAGCUUCCAGGACAUAAAGCCGAUGAGAGAUCAGAUCAUAAGAGUGAAAAGGUACGAGAAGGUUCCUGUGAUCCUGGUGGGGAACAAGGUGGACUUGGAAAGCGAGCGGGAGGUGUCGUCCAGCGAAGGUCAGGCCCUGGCCGAGGAGUGGGGCUGCCCGUUCAUGGAGACCUCGGCCAAGAGCAAAACCAUGGUAGACGAACUGUUCGCUGAGAUCGUUCGGCAGAUGGACUACGCCGCCCAGCCAGACAAGGAUGACCCCUGCUGCUCCUCUUGCAAUAUACAAUAGCCCCCUGGGGCCUCCGAGAACAGGCCGGGCAAAAAGUCCACUUAGAGGAAACUCCUUCGACUCGCAGCAGACAGAAACACACUUAGACACACACAUGCACAUGCCAAUUAAACAGAAGACAAAUUCAUGGUUGAACGCAAUGGAUUUUAACUCAAUGGAGCAUAAAAUUUGCAGUGACAUGAUUAUUAAUAACAACAUGUGAGUAAUGCAUACAUUUUGAAUGAGGAAUGCCAGGAAUUUGCCGCAAGAGAAAUUGACAAACGACAAAAAGGAACAUGCCCUCGCCUUAUGUUACUCUAUUUUGUUGUUUGUUUUUAUCUUUUCAGUUGUGGGUGGGGGGGGGGAAAUCAUCAGCAAAGAAUUACACAUCGGGAUCUCUACUCUUUAUGUUAACAAUCUGCUAUAAUGGAGUUAAAAAAAACAUUUUUUUGUCUGGUUUUGUUUGUAUUACAGUUUUUUGCACAGAACACCAAGAUGCAUUUCUUGUUACCGUGACUCAAUUGCAAGUAGCUAAUAACAGUUUCUCCGGUUGUUUCAAACACUGAGGAGUAUUUUGAUUUACACUAUGUACAAUUUUUCUCCCAGUUUAGUUUGUGUAGUGGUCGGCAGGUGGUUUUUCUACUCAUCACAGGGCUGAACCAAAGAGGUGACCUGAGGGCACCUCCAUUUUCUUAUGUUUUAUUUGUUGGUUAAAAAAGGAAUGGAGAGAAAAUGGAUAAGUCAGUGUCUUUCUUGAAACAUUGGUGCAGUCAUCUCUUUCCUAUUUUCUCACUUUGAGAUAUAAUAGUAGGCAUAGCAGAGUCUUUCACAUAUCGUGUGAUGUUUUGUUUUCCCCUCUGGGAGACUCUGACAGCAGAUUGCUGAGUAGUAAUAUAACUAACUGCUUCAUCAAGAUGGGACAAGGAGUGUUUUCAGUGUUUGAAUAUCUCUCCAAACUCGUUUCAGGAAUGGGUGACAUUUAAAGUGAAGAUGCCAACAUUUGUCAUACUUUACAUUUUUCUUUUUCCCUCCUCCGGUAUCAAUAUGAAAUGUGGCACUCCAGAGUUUCAAAAUCCCGAUGCCAUUCUUUAUGUGCUCAGAGUAUUCAGAUUCAUUAGUAACAAAUAGUAACGACAAAGGCGAUGAUAAUACGAAUACUAAACGGUAGUGUAAAUAUUUUGUAUUGAAAGUGCCAGCUCCUAUGAAGACACUGACUCAACACAUGUGGAAUUGUCAACUGUAUGCAUGGCUAGUAAACAAAAAAGGACUCUUAUCGUUUGAGAUUAAUAUAGGCUGUGGACAUGUGCAAAUCAAACACAUACACGUCUGGAUCUGGACACUGUCUCAGCUGUACAUCUAUGUUGCCACGGGAAAAAGACUUUCCCUGUGUAACCAUUUUCAUUGUUGAUUUUCUAUUUUUUUAUGUGACCAUUUACUCUUUAUCCCUCUCUGAAUGGUGACACUGUUACAUUUGACACCUAAACAAUAAAAGUGCGUUCAACACUCGA